ACUACUGUCAAAAAAAUUGUGAAGGAAAACAGUCGGUGCUGUGUCAAACAUCUAUUAGCUUAAAUCAAAAAACCAAAAAAAACAGUAAAAUUAUUAGUAAUCUAAACAAAAUGAGUGCUUCAAAAACCGUGUCUAAAGGGUCUGUGAACAGUACAACGAUCGUGACGGACGACGUAGACGAAAGCUCAAAGCCGGAAUUUAUUUAUGGUGGUCCCUUCAUUAAAGUAGAAAAACCAUCGCCGAUAAUAGACACAGCCACUCCGUUCAAUUUGGAACUACAGGGAACAUUUAAAAAGAGCUUCGCAUAUUAUUCACUGAAAGAGAGACUGCCAGUGAUCCUAACGAAAAUCAUAGAUUAUUUAUCCAGAGAGGGAUCUAAAAUUAAAUCCACGCACGGCGCGAGCGACGAAGACAUACUUUCGUAUAUACAAUACGUGACCAAGUUAAAAAACGAUUUGGUCACCAACAAGCAGUACGAUCUGCUGACGGUCGACACGCCCGAGGCGAGGAGAUGGAACCAGUGGAUCGAGGCAUUGGACAUCAAACACUACUUCACCAAUGUGUGGGUGUUCACGGAGUGCUACGUUUACCGGAGGCUCAGGGAGGGCUGUGAGCUAAGCAAAACUCUCAAGAAUUUCGAUCCGUUCGCUGACCAAAAGCAGAAAUCGUUCGAAGGAAGCUUGGAGCUGAUGUGUAUUGUGGCCGAUAAGCUAGUUAAUAUGUUAUCUAAGAGCGAUAAAGAUAAAUGUAAAAGUGAUUUUGUUACUUUGCUGAAGCUCUGUCUGUGGGCCAACAAAUGCGAUUUGUCGUUGUCCAGUGGCGAGCAAGUGUUUUUGAACGGGAACAAUGCUGACGGAAAAGCUACGACAUCAAACAUCAUAGAUCCAUUCCAAAUGAUUCUCGAUUUUAAGGAUAAGUUAUUAGUUGAUGAUACGUCAAAAAUAGUCGAUCAGGUGACGAAUAAAGCUGAAGCCAUGAUGAAGAACUUAGAGGCGAACGCAACCGUAAAAUAUCAGUGCAGUUGUAACAGGCUGGCGACACUCGCCGGGAUGACAGUCUGUAAAGACGAGCCGGCUUCGGCUGCGGACGGCGCCAAAGGCUCUCCGCCCGAGACGCCCGCUGCUGAAGCCGCUGAUGUCCCUUGUCCGACAAAGAUGACAUCACCUCAGCACGUCAUGUUCGAUAUAGUAUGCGAUAAUGCUGGGUACGAGUUAUUCGCCGAUUUGUGUUUAGCACAUUUUCUGAUAUCACAGGGGAUCGUGCAAAAGAUUCGGUUCCACGUGAAGAACAUACCUUGGUUUGUGUCUGACGUCACGCCCGUAGAUUUUAAGUGGGUGAUCGACUCAUGCCUCAAAGCCAGCUACAGGAGAGAAGUCCCCCAGCAGCCGACAGAAGCGGCCGAGGGCGAGGUCCCCCCCGAGCCGGAGCCCCCCCGGGUGAUAGGCGCGGACAAUCUGCGCGCCCUGGCGGAGCAGUGGACCAAAUACGUAGACGAAGGCACAUUUGUAGUAUUGCACGACGACUUCUGGACCUCCCCCCACGUGUACAGGGACAUGAAAAGGCACGCGCCCUCUCUGUACCGCCAGCUGCAGUACGCGGUCGCGCUGCUGUUUAAGGGCGACCUCAACUACAGGAAGCUGCUCUGUGAGAAGAACGUGCCACCCACCAGUGGGCUGGAGGCCGCCUUGCAGGGCUUCCUCCCGGCUCCCGUGAUCGCGGUGCGCACGGUGAAGGCCGACCUGAUAUGCGGGCUGCCGAAGGGUAAGUGGGACCAGCUGAACGCGCUCGACGACAAGUGGAUGCAGAAGGGCGACUUCGGCGUGAUUCAGUAUUGCGGUAAAGUGGAACCACUAAAGGUAGCUGACCGGCCAUGCGAUCAGUACGGAGACGUCUGCAGGGGAGCCGGCUGUGGUCCACGGACCGAUAUGUGAUCCUAAAUAAUCACAAAACAUACAUCAGACACGAAGACAAAGAAUACAGACUUAAAUAACACAGAAAGGUUCAGUAUUGAGAACAGCGCGCAUUGUAACACGCGAGGUCAACGACCGCGUGGUGUUAUUUGUUGGCAACCGCGCAAUGUAUGAAGUUAUUUAUAACUACCUUACUAUUUAUAACUUCAUUAACGUUUUAGAUUUCGUCAACAAACUACUGUCUGUAUAAACUUUAAAUUUGUUGUAGAUAGAAAUAAAUUUGAGUAGUUUUUUUUUUAAAUAAAUUAAAUUUUAUUGUAAAGGAUUUGUGAUACAAAGUUUAUGAAACUUUGUCUGUAUUAAAUUUUAUUUUAAGACGUUUUGGACUUGCGACGAACCUCGUCCAAGCUCUAAGAUUUAUAUGCUUUUCCUAAUUCUUCCCAAUUUGAUAUUAUUUCUUUACAACUGAGUUAGAUUGACAUUAAUUGCAUGAUAAAAAAUAAAUGUAUUAUUAUGACAAAACCUAACAAAUACUAUUUA